CUGGUGCCUGACAUACAGAGGUUUUCCCUUGCGUCUAAAAUAGGCUUGUUGUAGAUGCUCCAAGAGACUGCAAAACUCAUCUAUUUGUGGACGAAACCAGCAAGUGUGUGGGGGAGGAACACAGGAGGAGAAAGUAUCAGAUGGGGAAAGAGACCGAAGAGAAGAGGCCAAUUACUCUUUCACCUAACAAAACUAAAGAAUGACAGAACGUGAAAAAAGGCAUUCGGGAAAAACAGAGAAAUAAGAAAUAAAACAAAAACAAAAAAGACUGAGAAGAAAUUGUCUUGAUGGAAUAAACGUUUAGUAGAAAUAAAUGGAAUAGAAUAGUAUAGUGAAAGUGACUUGGAAAAAGAAACGUUCAUGAGAGAAGGAAUAAAGAAAGUUGGACGACUAUCUCUGUAGAGAGCUAUGCAUUCUUCGCAUUGACCAAGAACUGGUGACUUUGGUGGACCCUCAGUUUCUGCAAGGUCUCUAUCGCACAUCCCACGAUGUUGAGUUUCUUCAUCUUGGCUGCACUCUGUCUACAGGGUGUCCUACUGGAACAAACACGAAUUCUCGAGCAAAGAAAACCAUUUUUUGAGCGUUUCCGGAGACUGGAGGAACAGUUUCGGAGGUUCCAGGAAGUAACGCUAACCCGCCUCCAUGGAAUUGCUGAAAACUACAAUAUUUCAUACAAUAUCGACACACGUUUCCACCAAAUUAUGGACCAGCAACAGUCGCUUACAGAAGCUGUCAAUGCCUCUAACCAGGUGACUCAGAACGAGCUGAAUGGGAUAAAGUUUUGGCUGAAAAAGCUGCAGAAAAAAGCCAAAAAGUUGGACUUAAAGAUGGCCUCUUUGGAGGACACCAUAACUGAGCGGAAUAAGCAGGUGACAAGGGAAAACAAAGUACGAGAUGUUGCCAUGUCCAACUUGACAUUAAAUUUCAACAGCCAGAAACGGGUGAUUGACCAACUAGUAAAAGAUAACAAUCUCCUGAAGAAAGGAAUGGAGAUGUUUCGGGAAGUUGUAAAGCGACAAGGUGGUAAAAUAGCCACUUUGGAGGAACAGAUUCGAGAAGUUUUGCAACAUGAUGUUUUACCACCAAAUUCUUUGAUGGCCACUCAAGAGCGAAAUCGUACCCCAGAAAAUAAGCAACUUGGGUCUCCAGGAACUAACCCAGAGACAAUGACCACCAAACACCGUAUGGCUAAACUUCAGAUGAAGCAUGAACAGACGAGGAGGCUCCAAAAUGAGCAACAGCAACUUAUUCCUGCCAAAGGGAAAAUAGUUCAGGUCGUAAGCGACCAUGAGAACAAGUCCAAGAAUGUGCUUCAAACAGAAGAAGAAGCACCUGGCAUUCAGACCAUUCAACCACCACCAAGUGCCACAGAAAAGACACCACUUGGCAUUCAUACAACUAAGACAACACCAUAUGUUACAAAGGAGAAACUACCUGGUAUCAAAACUACAAGGGCACCACUGCCUGCCAUGAAAGAGAAACUACCUGUUAUUGAAGCUACCAGGCCACCACUACGUGUCACACAAGAGACACCACCUGCUGUUGAAACUACCAGACCGCCCCGACAUGUCACAGACAAUAAACCUUCUGGAAUGCAUACUGUAAACCAACACAUUACUGUGGAGAGACCUCCUGGCAUACUGACUCCCAAUUCCACACCACAUGGCCCUGAGGUCCAAAGACAUACAGAGCAGAGUACUAAGGUGCCGGGUACAAUUUGUAAUGUGGAGUCCAUGCUGACUUUCCCAAGUUCCUCUACUGAAAGUUAUGUCACCUUUGGUAAAGGCCUGAGAGAGGGCCUUCACGAAUUUUCUGUCUGCACCUGGGUAAAGACCAAUGCCAGCUAUGUUGGAACAAUCCUUUCCUACGCCACAGAAGAUAAUGACAACAAAUUGGUUCUCCAUGGCAGGAAUGGUGUAGACUAUGACUCCCUCCAUUUUGUCAUCGGUGAUCCAGCCUUUCGGGAGCUCCCUAUUGUGCAUCUAAUCGAUGGAAGCUGGCAUCACACCUGCUUCAUUUGGUCAUCCAUCCAGGGCAGAUACUGGUUUUAUGUUGACCGCAGGUUGGCUUCUACAGGUUCCAGGUUUCAGAAAGGUUAUGAGAUACCUUCCGGGGGGUCGCUAAUUCUCGGCCAAGAACAGGACACCAUGGGUGGAGGAUUUGAUAGCUCAGAAGCCUUUGUUGGACAUCUGGCUGGCUUUGCAAUGUGGAACAGGGCAUUAUCUCCUGGAGAAGUGUCUGGCAUUGCCACCGGGAAAGGUUUACCUAGAGGCACCAUCCUCACCCUGUCUGAUGCCUCUACGUUGCAUGGGUCAGUGAACAGAGUGGAGUGUACCUGCCUGGAGCACUGUCUGUAGACUGUACUGACACAUCUG